CUUGGAUCUUCUCUUUCUUUCUUUCUCUCUCGCUUGCCGUCAAGAUCACUUACAUCACCGCCAUGUCCGACUACGAGCUGCGGCUGUGCUCGUCGGCUGCCGAUCUGCGUGCGGCGCAUGAGGUCCGCCUCGAGGUGUUCCACCGCGAGCAGGGGUUCCCGGCUGAUACGGAAGUGGACGAGUACGACCCUGUGUCUGCGCACUUUAUCGUCGUGGAGCGGCACAGCGCGAGGCCCGUGGGCGUCAUCAGGCUGACACCGUACCCAAGGGAAGAGGUGCUGGCCCUGGCACCGCCGCCGCCGCCGUCCUCCUCUGCGAAGGACGCUAUCAAGAAGGCCGACGAUGGUGGCCUCUUCAGGGGAGGCGCCAUGGAGGCAGAGGAAGCAAAGAGGUCGAACGUAGAGGACAACUCGAUACCGCAGGAGCAGACGAGCAUGGUGACGGCAGGAGGUGGCCCUGGCGGCACCAGUGGAGGGCUGCCCAUGUUCCCCAAUUCAGCGACGAAGCAGACCGCGGCAGGGUCCGCGGCGAGCGACAAGCGGCAAAGCGACAAGGACGACCGGGCCCAGGACGUCGUCGGCCAGUCGGGCGUCAUCACCGUCGAUGAGACUCCAGCCGGCAAGCUCGACUCGAGCUAUCCGCUCGGUGGAGUGCAGAGCUCCGAGUCCCUGGCCCAUCUCUUCAGACGCGUGGCCCUCGCCAAGCCAGCAGCGGCCAACGCAAAGGGGGCCGCGCACGGGCACGACUCGCGAGGCGCAAAGAUCAGCCGCCUCGCCGUUCUGCGCUCAGAGCGGGGCAAGCAUCUUGGCGAGCAGGCGGUGCGUGGCGCCGAAAAGUGGCUUCUCGAUGUCCUUUCGACGCCUGCCCAGGGCGAUGAGGCCCACAAGGACACAGGGGUGGACAGCAUCGACGUUGUGCUGAGCAGCCAGAUGCAUGCCGUGAACUUCUACAAAAAACUCUCGUACCAGACCACUGGCGAGCCGUACGACGAAGAAGGGGCACCACACAUGUGGUGCCUGAAGAAGCUUGCCUUUGAGCGAGCAUGAUUAGACUAGAAAUACAUUGCUGGUUCCCUCC